CAGAAGAAAAGAGGCAGACGAUAUUUUUAGAAGAAAUCAUGGUUUUGGGGGCAUUUAAUUCAACAAAUCGUAUAUUACCCGUACAAUUACUUUGCAUCAGACGCCUCUUAAGCACCAGCUCACUCAAAAACAUGAAAGUUUUGAUUGGUGGUGGGACAGGGUUUGUAGGCACAGCAUUGAGGAAGCAGCUAGAGGUUAAAGGUCACAAGGCUCUUCUUCUUUCACGUUCACCUGGAAAGGACAAAGUCACUUGGGAUGAGGUGAGGGAUAACGGUUUACCACAGUGUGAUGCUGUCGUCAACCUGGCGGGAGAAAACAUCUUGAAUCCUGCCAAAAGAUGGACUGAAGAUUUCAAACAGGUUGUUUGGAAGAGCAGAGUGGGUACCACUUCGACUCUUGCAGAGGCCAUCUCCAAGACUAGCAACCCUCCCAGUGUCUUUGUUGGUAUGUCUGGUAUAGGUUACUAUCCAGCAUCACCAUCUGCUGAGUAUACAGAGGAGAGCACAGUGCACGAACAGGACCUGGACUAUCUGGGUAGACUGUGUGUAGAAUGGGAGAGGAGUAUGGGACCACUAGGAGGACAGGAAGAUGGGGUUAGGAGGGUGGUAGUAAGAACAGCUGUUGUUCUAGGCAAGACUGGAGGUGCCAUGGGCCAGAUGAAGUGGCCAUUCUACUUUGGCGUCGGGGGCAUCAUCGGUUCCGGCCAGCAGUUCUUCCCAUGGAUCCACGUCGAUGACAUUGCAGGGAUCUUCCUCCAUGCCAUCGAGAACGAGGACGUCACCGGAGUACUCAACGGGAUCGCCCCCAACCCUGUUACUAACCACGGGUUCACCAAGGCUUUAGGUGCUGCCAUGUGGAGGCCGACUAUCUUCCCGUUGCCAGGGUUCGUGGUGAAGGGGGUGUUUGGAGAUGAGAGGGCAGUUAUGCUGUUAGAGGGCCAGAAGGUGUUACCCAAGAGGACUCUUGACAGUGGGUACAAAUUUAGAUACCCGGACAUAAACUCAGCUCUCAAAGAGGUUGUAUCGUAAUAUUGAAGGUCGUUGCUGAAAUGGACACUGGAUUGCACAUUAAAGUGCAGAUAUGAACUCAACUCUCAAAGAGAUUAAGCUUAUUAAUUUAUAUUUUGAACUAUACAGAUUCCUAUAUUAGGGGGUCUAAUGAAGAUAGUCUCAGUAAUCGAUGAAGAGAGAUUGAAGCUCUGAUCUGACAUAAACUCUGCGUUUGAUGAAAGAAGAGAACAAAUCAUGAGAUGCUUCAUUGCUCAUAUUUUACUUUAUGAAGAACUGCUUUGAAAUAUAUCAUCAUAUUGUAGGAUAUUGGUAUGGUUAUUAUCUUAUUUAUUUACAUAUUUCUACAAGGUAGUAGUUCAUCAGACAAGACUGUAUUCUGUGUUUUCCAUGCUGUCUCAUGAUUGGCCAUUGUUCUCAU